GGCGGGGUUACUUCCGGUUUAUUGACCUUUCACCUUUCAAAACUUUAAAAUUUCCCAUCAUGCAUUUGUAAACAUGGCGGCCUCCAGUGUUUUUUCAAACGCUGACAAAUAGAUUUUUAGUCUGUGAGUCCAAAUGAUAAGCAGAGAUCAGAACACCUGUGCGGCCACAAGAAUUCUAGAAGGCAAUGCUGCCCUCCCAUAGUCUCCCUUCUGAUGAAGAACCAUUCACCAGCUACAAAAAGAUGAUCUAUGAAGAGCAGGGUGAUGAUAUCAUGGACACGCCACAGUUAGGAGGGAUGGAGACUGGUGACCAGGAAGGGGAAAUUCUGGCAGGGAUGGAACACCUUUCGAAAACCCAGCGCAGGAAGAGGCUGAGGUACCUGCGCAUUGCUGACACUCGCCGGCUCCACAGGAAGGAGAAGAAGAAGGAGGCUCAGCAGAGAAAGAGAGAAAGAACAAAGCAGCUGGAAUGUCUAACCAAAGAGCUGCCAGGAGCAGCUGGAGAUGAUAGCACAGACGUGACAGAAUGCCAGCCUCAAGAGUGUGCUGCACUACCAGUAUCAGUGGGCAACUGCACUGGGAUUACUACAGGAGUGGGGCAAGUGCAUGUGAGCAAACUGGAACGCCAGAAACACACCAGGAGGAAGCUGGAAACCGCCAUGAAGAAAGGACUGAGGGUUUGUCUGGACAUGAGCUUCGGAGAAAAGAUGACACAAAAGGAAGCGUCUCGACUUGCAGGCCAGGUUGGUAGAGUUCACGGUGCUAACAAGUUGUCGGCCCGCCCAUUCCACGUGUUCCUGACCAGUCUGGUACAGGACGGCACACUGCACCGGGAGUGUGUGCGCAGGAACGACGGCUUCCAGAACUUCAUAGGGGUUGAACAGACAUCAAAACACUUUCUGGAAGUCUUUGACAAAGAAGACAUUGUGUACCUCUCUCCAGAUUCUCCAAAUGAUCUCCUAGAGCUCGAUGACAAAAAAGUGUACAUUAUUGGUGGACUGGUGGAUGAGACAGUACAGAAGAAUGUGACCAUAACACAGGCCAAAGAAAAGGGUCUACAGACUGCCAAACUGCCCAUCGAUCUCUUCAUGCAGAGACAGCCUGGCUCCAAGGGUAACAAAAUUCUAACAGUCAAUCAAGUGUUUGAGAUUCUACUGAAGUUUUACAUGACCAGAGACUGGAGGGUGGCUCUCCCUGUGGGUCUGCCUGAGAGGAAAAGUUUUAUCCUAAAGCCUGACGACACGCUGCCACCGGAUGUGCUCAAACAACAAGGGGUGUUCCCUCCUGGGUUUGACAGGGGCAGUGACUGGGGAGAAGAGACAUCAGAGGCUUCUAAAGAAGAUGCAGAGAAGGAUGAUACAUUAAAGAACACAAACAUCAGAGAAAAUAUAAACUUUGAUUCAAUAUCUACAACAGAGGACAACAAUGAUAUCAAAAGCUUAAAGCAGUCUGUAAUAUAAGGUGUCUUCCAUCCCAGACUCCACAAGAAUGGUAAUUGGCAAAAAGGAAUAUCAGAGAGUUACAAGUUUUCAAGUAGAAAAAUGAUUAGUGCCAGACAGAUUCCAGACAUCAGAGAAGAUGUAAAUAUGAUUCCAAAUCUUAUCUAUAUCAAAAGACAAUGAUACCACAACCUGAAGGCAUUCUCUGUCUAACUUGAAAAAAAAACAAGGAUUCCCAAGUAACAUUUUAAAAUUUUGCAGGUGCAAAUAUGCUCAAACCUGGCCCAAGGAGUUGGAGGUGGAACCAAGCUAAAUUGAAAAAUACUUUAUUUACAUGGAACUGUGCAUUCAAUAGUCAGAAAUACAAUAUCAUAAUGUACAUAUGAUUUCAGGCCUAUAGACACAAAUGUCCAGCAUGUUAAAGUUAUGAUGAUGUUAUGUCUUGUCUGUCAUAGUAACUGAAAUAAAAUUCUUUGAGACAAAA